CACCGUUGAGCCUUUGGCCAUCCCAUAUCUUAUUACGCCAAUUAAUUUUCAGGUGCUAUGGGAGUCAUUUGGAAAUACUUGUCAUUAUGCCAACCAUAGCAGCCUAUUGGAUUUGCAUUCGGCAUUUAGAAAUGUUUACCUUAAUUUCAAGUGCACAGUUCCGGGUAGUCUGACAGACACACUUAGUCAGAAAGUUCAACAAAGGUAGAUCUCUCAGAGCUGCACUCUAGCUGCCACAGUUAGCACUUCAAACCUGGAUUACAAGGAAAAAGGAAGGCAGCCUCGGACUACAGCAUCUGUUCAAGCAGCCAGCAGAUUUCCCUGAAAAAGCAGUACAAUAACUAGUAGGAGGACCUUUCAGACCUCCAGGGGACUAAAGAAGAAGAGAGGGACAGACAGAAACCACCGCCCGGUUAACCACUAUAGAAGAAGAAGAUCAAGCCAAGGAUCCCUAUGUCACACUACAACAACAGUGGAGGAUGUAACAACCUUGCCUAUCAUGACAGUGACACCCUGGAGAUAGAUAGGAGUCCUUCCAGGAAAUCCCAAUCCCAUCACAGUAACCCCCAUGGUAACCCCUACCCCAGGGAUGAUGGAGCCGUGGGGCAGAGGGGCAGGUCCGACCUCCAGCAGCUCCCAGGAGGGGGCCAGUCCAGCUACGAUGAAGCCCAGGGGAGAGUGCCCUGGGGCGGGUGGCAGGAGGGGAGCUGGAGGGGCAGAGACAGCAUUCCCAUGGGUCUCCUUCCUCCCCGGUCGGAGAGCCCACAAUGUCAGCAGCAUGACCUCAAUCACAGCGGGUACCAGAUCGACCAGGCAACGCAUUCUGACACAACCCCUCCUGCACGACUUCCAUCCGCAACUUCAGGUCAUGUUUCGAUGAGGUUCAGGGGGUCGAGGAGGAUGAGUCUCUUCCCUGUAGGAGAGGCAGCUCUGGGCAAUCUGGGCCUUUCUGAGGAUGACAUCAGGAAUGAGAUGGAAAAUGAGGAACAGAACUUGGUCAAAGAGCUGGUUGCCAUGUCAACGAGGGACAGAAUCAAGGCCAUCCGAGACCUCCCUAUGAGCUUUGAUGACAAGAAACACAUCAGGGGCCAAGUGUUGGCGUUCAAAUCGUUCAAAAAGUCCCGGCAACUGAAUUGCUUUGCAGACUGCUCGAAGACUGUCUCAUUGUCUUUCCGCAGGUGCGGUGCUAACAUGACUCUAGCCAGGCAGACCCUGGAACUGUGGCGGGGUACCAUGAAGGAGGUCGGCGGUAAAUUUGGCACAGGGGUCCUCUCCUACUUCAAGUUCUUAAAAUGGCUGCUGAUGUUCAACAUCUUCUCCUUUCUGGUCAACUUUGGUUUCAUCACCAUCCCCCAGCUCAUCUAUGACACCAAGCCAGACAUCCCCAGUAGGGUCAGCUUCAAAGGGCUAGAGAUACUGACCGGAGCGGGUUAUUUCAGCGACACAGUGAUGUAUUAUGGUGGCUACAGUAAUGAAACACAAGGGACAGAGGGCUGGUCUGAGUACAACAUGCAGCUGGCCUACUUCUUCACCAUAGCAGCCUACAUGGUGUUGUGUGGAGCCGCCCUCAUCUACAGCAUGGCCAGCUCAUUCAGGAAGAAGUAUGUCCUUGCAGACUCAGGCUUGGGUGGAGCCUGGCAGCUCCUGUGUAGCUGGGACUUCAGUGUGACCAACGAGAGAGCCGUACGACAGCGCAAGAACAAUCUGCGCAUCCAACUCAAGGAGUCCCUGUCAGAGAAGAUCCAGGUAGCCCUGCUGCCUCUGACAGAGAGGCUGAAGCACUACGGGGUCUUCCUGGGUACCUGGCUCCUCUCCACGGGCGUGACCUUAGGCUCUGGCGCCGGUGUCUACUUCCUGUGUCAAUAUGACAAAGGGCGGACGACGCCGUCAGCGGACAACGCUUCCAGCUCUCUCCUGGAUGAGGCCGCUACUCUCCUCCUCCCCUUCGUGGUCUCCCUGAUCAAUCUGGUCAUCCCUCUCUGCUACUCUCUGUUCAAGAAGAUAGAACACUACUCCAACCCUCGCAUGCAGGUCUAUGCCAUGAUAGUCAGAAAUGUCAUUCUCAAGAUGUCCAUUCUGGGCAUUCUGUGCCACUACUGGAUGAAGGAUGUGGCCAAUACAUUUUCAUGCUGGGAGUCCAGAGUAGGACAAGCCUUGUACAGACUGGUUAUUAUGGACUUCCUCUUCAUAAUGUUAGGAUCCUUCUUUGGAGAGUUCUUGAGCAAAGUCAUUGGGACUAAAUGCAUACAGAGCCUGGGAGUUCCAGAGUUUGACGUUGCCAGGAAUGUCCUUGACCUGAUCUAUGCACAGACCCUGGCAUGGAUCGGAAUCUACUUCUCUCCUCUCCUCCCAGUGAUACAGAUAAUCAAGUUCUUCAUCCUCUUCUACCUAAAGAAGGUGAGCCUGACCCAGAACUGCCAGCCCCCCAGGCGAGCCGGUAGAGCGGCACAGAUGCAGACUAUCUUCAUCGCUAUCCUCUUCUUCCCUUCCUUCGUGGGGGCUCUGUCCAUGGUGGCCUACACCGUGUGGACUCUGCCCCCCUCAAAAGAUUGUGGGCCCUUCAGGGGACUCAGUACCACCUUCAGUGCUGUACAGAUCUGGAUGGACGGGCUGGAGGGGGUGGCUGCGUCUCAGUGGACUGUCUGGAUCUACCAGCACGUCAUCAGGAGUGAGAUAUUCUACUUCCUGGUCUCUCUCAUCACCCUUGUCUUCAUUUACGUCUUCAGGCAGAUCACUCAGGGACGCAAGCUGCUUAUCAUUCUGCUGAGACAGCAGAUUGUUAAUGAAGGGAAGGACAAGGCAUUCUUGUUGGAGAAGCUACAGAACCUUCAGAAAUCCAAGCAGAACAAACCGAAAAAGAAAAAACAGGUCAGGAAAAGACAGGAAAAUGAAUCCUCCACUGGCAUGCUCCAGGCUCUGCUCGCCCGACAGCGGUUGGAGCAAGAGGACGUCGACAGCAGCAGCUCUUUCGGUGUGCCCAUGUCUUCCGACCACUCAGUCUCCACCACAUCCAGUGCUAUGAUACAGGCCAUGCUAGCCAGAAAACACGCAGAGGACCAGGAUGUAGCCAGUUAUCGCGGGGUGCCAUUUCCUGCAGACCCAGCACCUGCGUCCUCCAGUGCACUGAUACAGGCCAUGCAAGCCAGACAACACGCAGAGGACCAGGAUGUAGCCAGUUAUCGCGGGGUGCCAUUUCCUACAGACCCAGCACCUGCGUCCUCCAGUGCACUGAUACAGGCCAUGCAAGCCAGGCAAAUGGCAGAGUCACAGAAUGAGGACGAGUUUUACCGGGCGCCAGUUCAGUCACAGAACCCAGUAAACGCAUUACCCAGUACGAUGAUACAGGUGAUGCAAGCCAGGCAGAGGGCGGAGUCACAGCAGGAAGAGGACGAGUUUUACCGGGCGCCAGUUCAUUCUGAACACCCAGUGUCAUCAACGUCCAGUGCGAUGAUGCAGGUCAUGCAAGCCAGGCAGAGAGCAGAGGAGGAGGAGAGCGAGUUUUACCGGGCGCCUGCUUCUUCACAGCACCCAGAUGCGUCAGGCUCUGGUAGUGCUCUGAUACAGGCCAUGCUAGCCCGACAACAGGUAGAGGAGGAGUAUGGUGACAGAUACUGAGCAUGAUCGAGAACUGAACCACUUGGGGAAAAAAGAUGGCGGACACAAUUGAAAUGUGACCAGCUGUAGAAAGCAGAGAAAUAGAAGAGAUUCUGACUGGCAUCAAGAGGGCAGGACCACCUCUAUGUAGACUGUUUAUAUUAGACCUAAAAGAGUGUAGCCAAUGGGGUGUGAAAGGAUACAUCUAAUAUAUGUAUUCCCUUUUAAUAAAAUAACAAAUUGUUUUUGUUCUUUCAUUUUUGGAAGGAAUUGUUUUAAUAUAUUUCUGUACUGUAUGUAUACAUGAUAUGUGCUUAGCCUGUAAAAUAAUGUCAAUGAAUGUUGUAUAAAUGUAUGAAAAUUAUGAUCUGUACUAAAUUGUAAAUACUAUAAAAUUGUGAUACUGUAUGUUCUUCCAUGAACAGCACCGUCCUCUAGUGGUAGGGAAUGAACUUGGUCUGGAUGUUCAUCAAUUAAAGGUGGGUAGAUAUCAAAUAUAUACUUUGAGAAUACAUCCAAGUAAUUUUUUUGUUCUCAGAGCAAAGCAAAAACAAAUAUAGAACAUAAUGAAAGAAAAUUACAGCAAAUAUUUUCUGUACAAAAUUAAACGUUCUGAGCUUGCUAUGGAAGACAACAUAA